AAUAUUAAUUCGGAACACAAAAAGGAAGAGGAAAGUUGCAUAAAUGAGACGGCGCGGCAUGACGCAGUAGAAAGGAGAAAAUAUCAGUUUGUUUGUUUGUUUGUGUCCACAGCUCCACGCACCAUUCAACAUUGUCAGUUGCUGUACAAAAACCGAAUUCGUUUAUACUAACACUGAAGAACAGAAAGAGCAUCGAAAUGGGCGCGUAAAAAAUCAAGUGUUUUAUCUCCAAAAUUUCAAGGCAUAUAUAUCAAUACCCGCUUCCCAACAACUAACCACUCGUACUCGAUUUUGAAAUCUUUCUUUCAACUUCAAAUCAAAUGGCAUUUCUUCUUCGUACUACUUCUCGCACCCUUCUUCCUCUCCGCUUCUCCAUUCAAGGCACGCUCCUUUCUGCACUUCAACAAGGGUUUUGUGGAAACUCUCGAAGUUACACCGUUUUUGAAUCUUCGGAACAGUGUAUAUUGCAAUCUGAGGAUGAAGAGAUAUCCACGCUUCGUCGUCAAUUUGAAGCUGCCAAACAGAGUUUUCUCAAGAUUCCCGAUGCGCUCAAAGAAAUGCCUAAAAUGAAUCCUAAAGGCAUAUAUGUGAAUAAGAACUUGAGAUUGGACAGAUUACAAGUUUAUGGUUUCGAUUAUGAUUACACAUUGGCACAUUACUCGUCUCAUUUGCAGACUUUGAUAUAUGACCUUGCCAAAGAGUACAUGGUUAAUGAGCUUAGGUAUCCCGAGAUUUGCAUGAGUUUUAAAUAUGAUCCAGCUUUUCCUAUUAGAGGCCUAUACUAUGAUAAGUCAAAAGGGUGCCUCUUGAAGCUGGAUUUCUUUGGUUCAAUUGAGCCCGACGGAUGCUACUUUGGUAGACGGAGGCUGAGCCAACGUGAAAUACGUGAGGUUUAUGGCACGCGGCAUAUUGGUCGGGAUCAAGCUCGGUCACUGGUUGGUUUGAUGGAUUUCUUCUGCUUUAGUGAGGCAUGCCUCCUUGCAGAUAUGGUGCAGUACUUUGUGGAUGCUAAGCUAGAAUUUGAUGCUUCAUACAUUUAUGAAGAUGUUGUUCGUGCAAUUGAUCAUGUCCACCGAAGUGGCCUGGUUCAUAGGGGAAUUCUCUCUGAUCCGCAUAGAUACUUGGUGAAAAAUGGAGAGAUUUUAUGUUUUCUCAAGAUGCUAAAGGAGAAAGGAAAGAAGCUUUUCUUGUUGACUAAUUCUCCUUAUUCAUUUGUCGAUGGUGGGAUGCGUUUUAUGUUACAGGAUUCUAUGGAUUGUAGAGACUCCUGGACUGAACUGUUUGAUGUUGUGAUUGCUAAAGCCAAUAAACCACAGUUUUAUACAUCCGAGCAUCCGUUCCGUUGUUAUGAUACAGAGAAGGACAAUUUAACAUUUACCAAGGUUGAUAAAUUUCUUCCAGAUAAAAUUUAUUAUCAUGGAUGCCUCAAAUCCUUUCUCCAAAUAACCAAGUGGAAAGGCCCUGAGGUGAUAUAUUUUGGAGAUCAUCUGUUCAGCGACCUGAGAGGGCCCUCCAAGGCAGGGUGGCGUACAGCCGCAAUCAUUCAUGAAUUAGAGAAUGAAAUACAAAAACAAAAUGAAGAUACGUACCGCACUGAGCAGGCAAAGUUUCACAUAAUACAAGAGCUACUUGGUAAGUUGCAUGCAACUGCAGCUAAUAGUGUGAGAACUGCAGCUUGCAAAUCACUUCUGGAAGAACUUAAUGAGGAAAGACAAAAAGCACGCAUGAAGAUGAAGAUGAUGUUUAACAGAUCUUUUGGAGCCACAUUCCUCACUAGCACAGGACAAGAGUCUGCUUUUGCUUAUAACAUUCAUCAGUAUGCUGAUGUUUAUACCAGUAAGCCAGAGAAUUUUCUUCGUCAUUCACCUGAAGCAUGGCUUCAUGUUCCAUACGAUGUCAAGAUUAUGCCUCAUCAUGUGAAGGUUCCAUCAAGUUUGUUCAAAACCGGAUGAACAUCGCUGGAAACUGUUUCAAACUAGUGUCGUUCUGUGGUUCUAACUUCUAACGGGAAUGAUGCGGCAAUUCAAACAUGUCUUUCAUUGUGUGAAGUGCAACUGGAAGACACUUGUUGCAGCAGUAACGUACCAUUCUAUUUUUCUAACAUAGUCUCUUAUGCUUCGCAUUAGAUUUUAACCGAAGAAUAAUUCGGAAAAGAGAAAUAAAUGUGUAUAUUUCGUCUUGUUAUCAAUUAUUCGUAGAAAUUUCACAUGUUUUGAGAUUAGAGUUGGUCCAAGAUAAAGUUACUAAAGUAUUUGUUUUAAUCCUACAAACAAAAA